ACACCGUUGUAGAGCGACAACAGAUACGUUUGUGUUGCGGUCAAACGAAUAAUUAUUGUCAGAAAGUCCAACCGCUUUCGGUAUUUUCGUUUUAAAAUAUCAGUUUCCACUUGGCUGUCGACGAUUUCGGUUCGAACUAACCGCUUUUUCUCGAGUUCAGAUCCAAUUCCAUGAAAAUCGGACAAACUCGCACGAUUUAUUUAUUCGACCUUUCUUUAAACAAUUAUUUAUUUACAUUUUUUUUUUUCGUUUUUAAUAACCUCGACUAAGUACUAAAUUACUUGUUAGUAAACGUUUCUGUAAAAUAUACACGCGACAGCCAUCUCGGAUAAUUAAUAUAAAAAUAUCAUCCAUGGCGACUUUUAAAGAAUUGACUGCCGAAUGGGCUCACAUGAACAACGGAAACUCCAUUUGUAGCAUUGCAGAUUUGCAAUUGGCCGCGGAGCUGGGAAAAACUUUGUUGGAGAGAAACAAAGAGUUGGAGACCAGCCUGAGGCAACAGCAAAACCUCGUCGACGACCGCAACCAAGAGAUCGAGUACCUGACCAAGCAGACGGCCGCCCUGAGAGAAGUGAACGACUCCAGAUUGCGCAUCUACGAGCAGCUGGAGAUCAGCAUCCAGGACUUGGAGCGCAACAACCAAAGGCUGGUCCAGGAGAAUUUGACGGACAAGAAACACAUAAAGAGUCUGUACGAGACCAUCGAGAGCUUGGAGAGCCGUUGCGAGGAUCUGCAGCAUCUGGUCGACGACAUGGGUCAUUCGAAAAAGGACGACAGUCUGGUCAGCGAAAGCAGUGCCGGCGGGUCUUCCUCGGCUGAUCUCAUCGACGACAAUCAUCAGGAUGACUUGGCCAAGCUCACCACGCAGCUGGAGCACGCCAAGAGUCAGAGGGCCAAGGAACAGCGCAAAGUCACUGAACUCGAACAAAACGUAUCCAUGCUAAUACAGGAAAACACCAACUUGGAGGAAAGAGUCAGCGCGAUGCAACAGAAGGACGAAGAGCUCAAAGUCCUUCAGGAUCAAAUCGUUUACUUGGAAGAGAUCAGGCAAGGAAAUCUAUGCAGGCGGUGUCAACGCAGCGCCGACGCCAAUCUGUUGGACGAGUACUCAGUGUACGACGACGACGACGACACCGACGACAUAAGUGCCAUAGGAUCGUACGUGGAGACCCACAAAAACGAAGUCUUGCAACAAUUACAAGAGACGUUGGGAGAAAACUAUUCGGCGGACAACCCGUACCGGGUUCUGGUGGACAAGUACGAAGCUUUGCUGAAGAUCCAACAGAAACACAACGCGUUCAACGGCAGCAGAGACCAGGGCAUUUCUUUGCACGAGGAACUGCAGAUGUCCGGCCAGUUCUCGUCGUUCAACGGCAACGCGACGGACAGUGAGGACGACGCCGCCGCUGACCCGCCGGCCGCCGGCAAGCAGCACGUGUACUCGGAAACGGAGACGACGUCCUCGUCCGGUUUCUCAGACGAGACCAGCAACAAGGGCACGCAGACCGAGACGUUCUUCACGGGCUCGUUCCUGUGCACAAUUUCGGACGGCGACGACUGCCGGUUCAGCAUCUACGACGACGCCAGCCCGAUCGAAAGCCGCUUCCGGAAGACGCCCGAGUACAGACAGCUGUUCCGGGAAAUAUUCGCCGUGCUCAAGCGGGCGGCCGAGGCCAAGGACGAGGGCGAAAGGUUGCCGCUGCUGCAGGACGACCCGGCGCUGUUGUCCGGCGUCCAACACGAUGACGACGACGACGUCGUCGACGAAAGCGUGCCAAGAGUGCCGCCGGCAACGCCUGCGUGCGAAGCCAACCCGUUGAUUUCGUCCAUCGAGUCGGCGGUCGCCCAAGCGCAACGCCAUCACCAACAACUACAACAACAACAACAGCCACAACCCAAACGGAAACAACAACAGCCGGCAGCGGCGGCCGCCGCUCGUGAACACCGCCGGGAACGGCGUCAAAAGCACCAGGAACAACCGCACCAGGUGGAACAGCUGCUGCACCAACGGGAACCGUCGGAAACCCGGUCCGAGACGGCCGUCGAACAACCGGCGCUUCGCAGGCGCGACAUCAUCGAGGAGCUAGCUCUGGCGGCCGCAAAGCAGAAGAAACAGCGUCACCACCAUCACCGGCGGUCGGCGUCCAAACAACAGUCUAAGGACAUCAGCCAUCUGCUGGAGUUCAAGUGGACCGACCACAUGACCCGUAGGCAAGGGAGGCGCGCCGGUAGUGGGGAGAGGUCCGCUUCCGGUAACCGAGCGACGUGGUGUGCGUCCAAGGACGACGUGCCGUCGUCGUCACCCGCCCGAGUAGCACCCGAACGCGAAGCUGCCGCAACGCCAUACGCCAGCGCCGCCUCGCAAGAAGUGGCCAAGCUGAAGCUGUUGGAGAAGUCCUACGCCGAAGUGCUGAGGCUGGACAGAAAGAAAAUGAGCCGACCUCAUUCGCAGUACUUCAACAGCAAAAUGUGAUUCGAUUAAUAAUUUAUAUUUAUAUAAUAAUUAUUUUGUUAUUUUGAAUUUGAUCCUUUUUAUUCCUAAAACGAAAUGGCAUCCAAAAACCGAUCCUCCUCUCCUUUUCAUAAUUAUUAUUAUUAUUAUUGUAAUUUUGUUUAAUAUUGAUAAUACACUAUAUCAAGAUUAAAAAAAAAAAAAAAAAAACAUAAUAUCAUGGUAUCCGUAGACAGUUUUUGUUUGGAAAGACUUUUUUUUUAAAUAUUAACAUAUUAUUUUUUAAUUUUUUUUUCACAAAAAUAUUUCAUAAUUUGCAAAAAGGUCACGCGUGUACAAAUCGAAAGGGUUUUGUUUAUUUUACAUUUUUUUUAAGGUUUAGAAAUUUUGAUAACGUUUUGAUUUUGUUUUUAAUGAUCUUUAAUAAUAUAUGAGAACUAUUAUGUGUGUGUGUACAUAAACAAAAAAUAAAAAAGAUACAACCAUCAUCGUUUUAAAAUA